AUGGUCAACAGCCAGGGAUGGAUGAGGAACUGCGACGACGACUCCCCACCUCGAAGGGCCCCUUUGCCGCGCUGCAACUCCGUUCCCAAGAUGAUGCCACCCUGUCCACCGAGACUGGUUUCGGCCAAGCCAGCAGCUGUUGCUCAGCCCGUGACGGGCUCCAGUGCUCACUGCUACGCUGGCUGCAGUGCCGUUAGCCUGCCAGCCGGAUCCAGCUACGUCGUGCCGCAAGGUGCUUCCAGUACGGCCAGCUUGCCGGCAGGAAGCGGCUACUACUAUGUGCCUGCCGCUGGCUCCAGCGUGGCAAGCUUGCCGGCUGGUUCAACCUACCGCUACACGGUCCCAGCUGCCACCGUGCCAGGCUAUGCACCACCUGCAAGGGUCAGCUAUGUCGCCACCCCACAAAGGACUGUUGCCGGAGCUCCGCGAAUGGUGGUCCGAACGACGACCCCCACCAUCACCCCGGCAGUGCCAGUGAAGCAGCCGACGGCACCGGCACCGGAACCCGAAGCUGCU